AUGAUGCAAGCCGGAAAGUUUAAGUACGAAGUCAUCGGAGUGAUCGAGACGAGGCGACGCCACACACUGAACGACGUGUAUGACACUGGAGAAGAACUGUUCUUAGGAACUCGCGACAGUAAAGGAGUUGGUGUCCUCGUCAACGCGAAUAUGGUAGUAAAUAUUGAAUCUUUCGAACAACUUACGGCCCAAAUCAGAUGUCUGCAAAUGAGAAGAUGUGGUUUAGCACCAGCUUUGACAAUCUUCGUUGUUUACGCUUCAACAUCAGGCUACAAAGAAGAAGAAAUCGAAGCUUUCUAUAUGGAGUUAGAGAAGUUCUACUGA